AAUUCAGUCAUGCCCUGCAGGAAAGAAAUGCACUAAUGGACAAUGUAAAGGUACAUCUCAGAGAAACAUGAAGCCCUUAGGAGCUGCCGUCCUUUUGCUAGCUGUUGUGAACCAGGCUUGGGGUAAUGGCACCACAACUACAACUCUCACUACAUCCAACGUUACUCAUCUUACAUCACUGCAAGGUACCACUGUUACAGUUAUACCAACAAUCAACAGAUCAACGACCUCUAGCACAUCGUUAAAAGAAAUUACAUCUCGUCCUUCUCGUGGGACAACAACCCUUACCCAAACAUUUUCCACAACUGAAGGCGGUAAUCACCCAACAAAUUUUACCAAUCUCAAUGUAACAGCGACAAGUUUUGUCACUCAACCUACUGGCAACAAAACUCUUCCAACAACUGUCAACACUACAGUGUCAAUCUCAACAGAUGCAACCAGACAUGUUUCAUCAACCUUAUCUUCUGGUAGUUUUUCUAAGACACAGUCUGCAGUGACCCGGCCUUCAAGCACAGACUUAGCGACACAAAGCACAAUUGAGUCAGAGCGUGGUGAUAGUGGGAAAACAGACCCUUCAUUUAAUCCUGAAAAAGAACUCAAACCAGAGGAAUCGCCAACUUUAAAUCGCAAGGGACUAUUGAUAGGAGUGGGAUGUGUUGUGGCUGUAAUCAUUUUUGUCGUCUUGAUAUUUCUUUACAAGAUAUGUCAGAAAAAGCCCCAAGAGCCAGAGAACACUGGGGCUAAAGUAGCUACCCAAAAUAAGGAGAGUGUUAAACUACUUUCUGUUAAAACAUCAGCUGCUGAUUCUGAUUUGAAAGGAACAAAUUCACCUCAUCACACAGACUAUAUCGUUGAAUUCUGAAAAACAAACCUCCAGAUAUUAAGACCUUCUCAACAGGGGUUGACGUUUAUCUGCAACUCAUACCUCACCUCAUUCAGCCCCAAAUAUUGUCCUCUAUUCUGCCUAGUUUGAUUGGACUUGAGGAUCCGUGUCGAAAUGAUACCUGGAUUCCCUACAUUCCAUGUCCAAUACACCUCUCUAUGUGUCUGCCAAAAGCAUCACAGUGAAAAUAUAGAAACCCUGAUCGACUCUCUUAGUUGCAGUUUCCAAUAAACAUUUCAUCUUCAUGUUUUAUUACCCUCCAUUUUAUUAUAUUUCAACAACAUAUUAAGGCUAGCUAUACAACAUAAUUGGGGAUACGUAUAUGCCUUUUUAAUAAGUUUUUUAUAGUUGUAAAUCACUUAGUACUAAAUUCAGCCCAAAGCAUUUUAAUAGAGUUGGAUGAUACUGGAUAAAAUACAUUACCAAAAUGAAAAAUACUCAGAGUGCUACAUCCUAGGAGUGCAGUUGUCGAGGAAGAA